AUGCCCGAAACACGCUCCAAAGAAAAUCUCGUAUGGAUAGACUGCGAAAUGACAGGACUAGACAUUGAAAAAGACACCAUCAUGUCCCUCGCCUGCUUCAUAACCGACUACCAACUCAACCUCCUCGACCCAACCGGCUACGAAGCCAUAAUCCACCAUUCCCCCUCCCAGCUCUCCGCCAUGGGAGAAUGGUGUACCUCCCACCACGGCUCCUCAGGUCUCACACAACAAUGCCUCACCUCCAGCACAACAGCAGCCACAGCAGCCUCCGAACUCCUCGCAUACAUUCAAAAAUUCUGUCCGGAGCGCAAACGAGCGUUAUUAGCAGGAAAUACGGUCCAUGCGGAUAAAAUGUUUCUGAGCCAGGAGCCUUGGAGACAAGUGGUCAAGUGGUUACAUCAUCGAAUUUAUGAUGUGAGUGCGAUUAAAGAAGCUGCGAGAAGAUUUGCGGAUGUGGAAGUUUUGAAGACGAGUCCCAUGAAAAAGGGUUUGCAUGAGGCUAAAGCGGAUAUUUUGGAGAGUAUUGAGGAGGCGAAGUGGCAGAGAGAUGUCUUUUUUAAAGGCAAGGAGGUUGGUGGGACGUGA